AGACUCGUCGAAUAAUUUUCUAUAAGUCAAUGACGACAAGUCACCAAAAUAUAUCAAGAAGAAAGCUCUUGGACACGGUCGUAAAGUACUUGAGCGAGUCUGCAACAUUUAUGAUGCGGGGUAGGUUACGCAAGAUCAGAGACAAGAUCAAAGAUGGUAAAUCUAAGUUAUUAUCAGCUUGGGAAAAAUUGUUCCGGACUCAUUAUGGGCUGAGGCGAUUUACUUACAAAAAACUGGCAGAUGCAACUAAAAAUUUCUCCAACAACCGUCUCCUUGGCGAGGGUGGUUUUGGUCAGGUCUAUAGAGGAAAAAUACAUGGUAAAACAUAUGCUAUUAAGAAACUGAAACGUCUACCAAAAAAAAUGGAGGCGGAGAUUAAGAUCCUUAGCACAGUCUCUCACCAGAAUCUUGUUAAGCUGAUAGGAUACUGCAUUGAAAAAGCUGAUACAUUACUUGUUUUAGAGUUUGCUCCCAACAACUCCUUGAAAUAUCAUUUACAUGGGAAUCAAGGAAAUCAGGUUUUGGAGUGGUCAAAUAGAAUGAAAAUUGCUAUAGGUUCUGCCAAAGGAUUGAAAUACCUGCAUGAAGAUUGUCCACACAAAAUUAUACACCGAGAUAUAAAAACUGAUAAUAUUGUUCUUGAUAACAAUUUUGAAGCAAAGGUUACAGAUUUUGGGUUAGCCUUGUUUUUUCCGGAUGAUGUUAGUCACCUUUCCAUAACCAUCGCGGGAACUGAAGUUUACAUAGAUCCUAAUAGUGGCGGACAUACCUCUCAAGAGACUGAUGUCUAUUCUUUUGGUGUUGUGCUUUUAGAAUUAAUUACUGGAAAAAACACUAGAAUUAAUGGUACUACCAUUGUUGAUUGGGCAAGGGAUCCAAUUAGACAAGCUUUGGCCGGAGAUCAUACGGCACUAGUUGAUUUGAAAUUGAAAGAAUAUAAUAGAGAGGAAAUGAACCGAAUGAUUGGUUGUGCCGCCGCUUGUGUAUAUAAACCUUUUAACUUUCGUCCAUCAAUGAAUCAGAUAAUUCAAACUCUUGAAGCAAAUAUUCCGGUGACGAAUAUAUGGAAUGAGAAUGAUAGUAAUUAUAUACAGAUAGAUACUUAAAAAUUUUAUUUGAUAAAAAGGUUAAAGUGAGCUUCUUUUUUGAAUUUUAAUAAAGUUUAGAAGCUUAUUUUAGACUUAUAGUACAUGAUCAAUGUGUUCUGUUGAAUAAUCUAAAGUUGUUUUUAUUUUUAUUUUUUUCCUGUCCAAUGCAAUCUUAUAUUAGGUUGAUGCUUGGUUCAAUAAAAUUAUAAAAAUUCUGAGUUUUUCU